UCUAACAUCUGCUCGAUCAAGUCGGCCAUUCUCGUGGCUUCGUGCUGGCGUCUCUCCCGUCCCUUCCAUCCCUUCCUCGUACUUGACCGGAGCACAUUCUCUAUCGUCGAGAACUAUGGCGCCGCAGAAAUCCGUAACGGAAGUGCCCCGUUCCAUCCUCCCCCGUCUUACCUGGAACGGCUCCUCUGCCCGCACCACCGUCACUCCUCCCCAGACCACCGUCCUUCCAGCAAAGCGCCAACAGAAGCAGCAACCUAGAUGGAACUCGACCCCUGCCAGACGGCAUCUUCAUACCUUGGCCUUCUCGUCCUCUUCCCCGCUCGGAUUUCCCGCAGCAUCCCGAGAGGUUGGCACGUCAACAUCGAUCGCAAGACGGUUUCCGUCAGCGGGCAAGCCGGCCAGUCGACCAGCCGCAGAGACCCUCGGGAACCCCAUUCGGCAUAACGGUGUAUAUGUCGCUACUUUCAAUCCUGCUAGGAGAGCUUUUCACGCGUCUGCCCCGCAUCAACGGGACCAUCACUUCGAUACAUUGAAAUUUGUCCAACGAUUGAAGGAUGAGGGAUUCAGCGAGGAGCAGGCCGUUGCCAUGAUGAGGGUCCUGAACGACGUCAUUCAAGAGUCCAUACAGAACUUGACUCGGACCAUGGUGCUUCGGGAAGAUACCGAAAGAUCAGCCUACACCCAAAAGGUUGACUUCGCCAAACUGCGCUCCGAGCUACUCAAUGCAGAUUCUACCGAAGCGCAGCUGACUCGCUCGUCGCAUGAGAAGAUCGCCGCCGACCUCGCCAAGCUCAAUUCGCGCCUACGCGACGAGAUCGGGCGCACGCAAGCGUCGGUGCGUCUCGAUCUGAACCUUGAGAAAGGUCGUAUCCGUGAAGAAGCCAAUGGUCAGGAGAUGAGAAUAAAGGAGACUGAGACAAGGAUUGAGCAAGAGGUGGCAGGGUUGAGGGAGCGCGUAGAGGCUGUCAAGUUCUCCACAUUACAAUGGCUCAUGGGUGUUUGCACCGGUACCGCCGCACUGAUUCUUGGUGCCUGGCGUCUUUUCAUGUGAGCCGUUAUCCUUGGGGAUCGUUUUGCGGAAUUGCCCGGAGGAUGGCCUUUUGUCGCUUCGAAAGAGGCCUACCUAUUGUAUAUUAUCACCCCACUCUGUCUCCUGACCCGCUGGAUCCUGGUGGGUUUGGGCCAGGAGGACCAUUCUGUUUCUUCUUUGUUUAUUAGCGAUUCUGGGGUCUUCGGUGAUCUCUGGCCUUGUUUUUUUUUUCGGAAAUAGACAUACUUGGAGGAUAGACAUAAUGGAUCCAGGAAGAAACGGCC